CCUUGUCCCGCCCCGAAUCCCCGCCCCGCUCUGGUCUCUUCCCGGCUCCACGAACCUCCUAGCGGCGGGGGACUCUCCGGAACCGCCCGGGACCGCGGCGAUGCAGUCGGGUGGUCGUCAGGCGGAAGCCCCGGGCCGCGGCCCGCGGGUGCUGGUGGUGGGCGGCGGCAUCGCGGGGCUGGGGGCGGCGCAGAGGCUCUGCCGCCACCCGGCCUUCUCACACCUUCGGGUUCUGGAGGCCACGGCCCGCGCCGGUGGCCGCAUCCGCUCGGAGCACAGCUUCGGUGGCGUGGUGGAGGUAGGCGCUCACUGGAUCCAUGGGCCCUCCCAGGGCAACCCCGUCUUCCAGCUGGCUGCCAAAUACGGGCUGCUCGGGGAGAAGGCCCUCUCCGAGGAGAACCAGCUGAUCGAGACCGGAGGUCACGUGGGCCUGCCAUCUGUGUCUUACGCCAGCUCUGGGGUAAGUGUGAGCCUUGAGCUCGUGGCGGAGAUGGCCAGUCUGUUCUACAGUCUCAUAGACCAGACAAGGGAGUUCCUGCAGGCGGCUGAGACCACCCCACCCAGUGUCGGGGAGUACCUCAAGGAGAAGAUCCGUCAGCACAUGGCCAGCUGGACAGAGGAUGAGGAGACCAAGAAGCUCAAACUGGCCAUCCUGAAGAACUUGUUCAACGUGGAGUGCUGUGUGAGCGGUACCCACAGCAUGGACCUGGUUGCCCUCGCGCCUUUCGGGGAGUACACUGUGCUGCCAGGGCUGGACUGCACCUUUCCUGAGGGCUACCAAGGACUCACAGACUGCAUCAUGGCCUCCUUGCCCAAGGACGUGAUGGUUUUUGACAAACCCGUGAAGACCAUUCACUGGAAUGGGUCCUUCCAGGAAGCCUCUGCUCCUGGGGAGAUAUUUCCCGUGCUGGUGGAAUGUGAGGACGGAGACUGCUUCCCAGCCCAUCACGUGGUCGUCACCGUGCCCUUAGGUUUUUUUAAGAAGCAUCUGGACACCUUCUUUGAGCCACCACUGCCCACUGAAAAGGCGGAAGCGAUCAGGAAAAUAGGCUUUGGGACCAAUAAUAAAAUCUUCUUGGAGUUUGAGGAGCCCUUCUGGGAGCCAGACUGCCAGCACAUCCAGGUGGUGUGGGAGGACAUGUCGCCCCUGGAGGACACCGCCCUCGAGCUGCAGGAUGCCUGGUUCAAGAAGCUUAUUGGCUUCUGGGUCCUGCCUCCCUUCCACAGGGCCAGCCACGUGCUCUGUGGCUUUAUCGCGGGGCUCGAGUCUGAGUUCAUGGAGACACUGUCGGACGAGGACGUGCUCAGGUCUCUGACGCAGGUGCUCCGCAGGGUGACAGGGAAUCCCCAGCUCCCCGCGCCCAGGAGUGUGCUGAGGUCCUGCUGGCACAGUGCCCCGUACACCCGGGGCUCCUACAGCUACCUGGCCGUGGGCAGCUCUGGGGACGACAUGGACCGGCUGGCCCAGCCCCUCCCUUCAGACGGCAAGGGGGCGCAGGAAUUGCUGAUGGGAUUCUGACCACAGCACAUAAAGUUUUAGCUUUCUUCCGCGCCUCUGCGCGCCCAGCCCUCAGGCCUCUCCCCGCCCUCCCAGGCCCCUGAUGAAGUAGUUUUGUUAAGAGGGCUGUCUGCACACGCCUUGUUUGCUGUGGGCACUGUCCACACCUGAGCUGCGAGGGCGCCUUCUUUUUCAUGGUGGAAGCAACCACCUCCCUGGGCUGCUGAAUUCUGUAGGUGGGCGCCACGGGACAGCUGUUUCUGCCCACGAUGUCCAGGGCCUCAGCUGGGGGAGACUCAGGGCCGGGCUGGGCCACGCGAGGCUGCUUCUCUCACACGCCUGCCCUGAGCACAGCUGGCACGUUGGCCGGAGCGCCUGCCCGAGGCCGCGCCUAGCGGCUUGGGCUUCCUCACAGCAUGGUGGCCUUGGCGUGGUCACGCUGCCCUGUGGUUGCCCGGGGCGCCCGUGAGGGCCUUCUGUGAGGGCAGCUGCCUCGCUCCAGUGAAGCUGGAAGGAGAAGAGGUCCCGCACUCAGGGCCUCAGAGCCCAGCUGCACUGCCCUCCGGCGUGUAUUCAGUCAUCUGGGAUUCUCCUGAACUAUCUCAUCAUGGUUUUUUUUUCUUCCCCUUUUUCUGGAUUUCUAGUUCGAUGGUGUACUUCUGAGCUGGCCCUAGAAUUUUCUUAUCUUUUCCCUGCUAAUUUCCCUCUCCGGUGUUUUGCUCUGUUUUGGGCGACGUUCAGAUUUUCUCCAGAGCCGCCUGACGGGUCUUCCACCCUCUGACUGUGCUGGGCUCCGGGUGUGCUGGCUCUGAGGGGUCCUCACUGCUGCUGCUCCUUCCCGUGGCAGCGGCCGGGUGCCGGUCCUCGUUGCCCAACUGCAUCAGGGUGCUGGUUAAGGCAGCAGCAAAGCACCACAUUUGCCAUCACUUCUGCAGCCCAGGCAACAGGUGUGGGGCUGGCGGCCGAGGCCUGGCACCCAGCUGACUGCCCCCUUCU